AUGGGCAACAGUUCUCCCGUGGGCGUGUCGAUCUUCGGCAUCGACACGCGUCAACUCAACCAACUCCGCAUCGGUUUCGGUGGGGUUAAAGGAUUCCAUGAUCCCCAGCCCAACACUCCUACUUCCCAAUGCUUCUCAGCUCUGGUCCUCGCCCAUAAUAGUCGUAUAUAUGCGUAUAAGUGUCCAGAAGAGGUCUUGGAGGCUGUUCGGAGAGCUGUCGAGAAGAGUCUCAUUAAAAAGGAUAAGAAAUGUAGUAAGGCUGAUGGCUUGCACGAAUUUGAAUUCAAUAAGUGGAUCUGGGCGGCCCAUGGGCAGAGCACAGUGGAUGUGAGAAGAUAUGCUAUGAACAUCGUGGAGAGCUUGAGGGAAGCUGGUUGGGGUAUUUUAGAUGAUAUUGAUAUGUCCAGGCCAUUUUUCGUGCAAGUUUGGGUACUUCAUAAAAUUGAUCAGAUGUCAGUUCGCAGUCCCCGGAGGGAUAUCCUCAUCGGCCUUCAUGACAAAAACGACUUACGUGUUGUUAUGAGUCCUCAGGAAGAGCCUAAUCAGCAGUAUACGGUUCAGGAGGCUGUGAGGCAAGGUAUUGUGAAUUCAUGGCAAAUCAGCAGUGAAACCGACUACAGUGGGGCUUAUCAAUUCCAGCUGGCUGGCUCCCCCUUCUCUGCUGGUGAAAACCGCACAGUCCCGGCUAGACAGACUCUUCUGGGUGUCCUUACGGAACUGGAACGAAAGGCUGGGUAUAGGCACUAUAGGAGUCUGAUGUUGUCUAUGAACCUAGGCU